AUGAUUCUAGGCCGCGGGCAUUAUCCGAAUCGCCGCACUCUGUCAAAGUUGUCGCAAGACGCUUUCCGUGGAGGUCUCUGCCGAGCCGACCAGCGACCAAAGUCGUCGAACGGUACGCUGUUGAAAGAUGUGGAAGGGAAGAGGGGGGAAGCCCACACGAUUAAAAAUAACAAACACCGACCUUCGGACGAAUCAUGCUCGGGAUCUGCAGGACCUUUGGAAUGGGCCCCGGUCUGA